ACGCUACAGGUACCCACGGCUCCCUGCACGCUUCCAGAUCCAACCCGGAGAUCGAUCUCAUUCACCCGAUGCCGAUAUGCAGGUGUCAUGCGAGCACUUAGAAAUGAGCAGCAGGAACAGGGAACGUGCCGACAAGGCGGCGACCCGAUCUUGUCUCACAGCCGGUGCCAGUGUGACGAUGAUUCGAUCACAAGGCUGUAGCCUGGCUGGGAAGGAUGCUGACCUACCAGAGAGCACAGACGGAAGCGUAGCUUUACCGACGUAAUGACUCCGUCAAGGUACGUCAGUCUGACUGCAUUCUGUCUCCUAACCAUUGGACUGCGGAGGGUAGCUGCGGUGCGCGGGUAUAUGAAGUUGCUGGAGACGCGCUGGAAGUAUCUUUAGUUUCCAAGCAACAACGAAUAUCAUCCACACACAACAAAUAAAUCUAUAACAACCACUCCAUCACAAUGGCCGACAACAACAACCCAGGCAACUUCGCCAACCGCCCGAAGGAAGACGUCCAGGCUGCUGCCUCCAAGGGUGGCCAGACCGGUACCGAGAACUCCGGCUUCGCCAGCAUGCCCAAGGAGAAGGUGCAAGAGAUUGCAUCCAUGGGCGGCAAGGCCAGCUCAGGCUCGUUUGAGAAGGGCAGUGAGAAGGCGAAGGAGGCCGGCCGCAAGGGUGGCUCAGCCACUGGCGGCUCGUCUGAUGAUUAGAUGUUUCGUUGCUGCAACGGCAUCAUGAGGCAU